AUGCCUGGUGUUAACAACGGUGCCCUGGCUUCAGCCGGCAUUAUAGCUGUUUCUGUUGCUGUUGCAGCUGCCAUCGCCAUUUACGAAUCGCCCGAACUUCAGAGGUAUGCCAACGAUGUUCGGAGACGCAUCGCCAUGGCCUUGCACUCGUUGGGCGAGGGCUUCGAGCCGGGCGACCGUCCGCCCGUGUUCAACCGACCCGAGGACGCCCAGGGUUUUCUAGAGUCCCGAGGAGGGGUCGACGCCGAUGAUGAGACCCGCCGCCGGCAACGCGAGGAGAUCUUGUACUGGAAUGCAGUGGCCUUGGCCAAGAAGGAAAAGGAGAGAAUUGAAGCCGAAGAAUCCGACUCGCGGGAGCUACCGCCACCCGGCCCAACGCGGGGCAGGUCCUUCGACGACUUCUUGCACGAGGAUAAGAGUGGCGAGAAGGGAUCUUUCGUUUUCAAUACGGGCGCAAAUACCUACCAUGACGAGGGACUUGUCCGACGCCGUCCCAAGGGUGUCCGCGGCCUCAACGCCUCGCUCUACGCAAACCCAUUCACCGACGAGCACCAGAUCGUCCAGGAAGAUUUGUCAGUGAUGGAGGAGCCCGCCCACAUGUCCCCCGGCCACGAAGAGGCCGUGUCAGACAUUUACAGCGCCACCACCCGCGACGCCGACGAGCGCCCCCGAGACAUCGCCGCCACCAAUGCCCAAAUGCCCCCUCUGGUCGACGUCUCCGAGACUUUAUCUCAGUCCGAAAAAUCCACGACGCUCGACCGCGAGCUCGGCGCCGACGAGUACAUGACUGCUGGCCAAGAAAAUCGCGAAGAAGCCUAUGCCUCCAUCCAAGCCUGGGCACAAGGGUCCAGCCCCUCCAACUUUUACUCACCGCUUCCCAUGUCGCCUCCCGUACCCAUGUCCGAGCCUGAGCUCGUUAGCGAAGGCGAGCUCACCCCUACCGAUUCUGCAUCCCUCGCUGGCUCCGGCGAGGACGUCGCCAACGAUGCCGCUUCAUCUAGAGCUGGUGAUAACAGCCGUUACUACGAUGUCCUGAGCGAGAGCGAGGGUAUGAUGACCCCUGCAAGCUGGUCCGAGGUUGGAAGCGUUGUCAGUGAGAGCGAGACUCGUAGCCAAACUGCGCAGGCCCGUGUCCACGCAUGA